UCCUGCAGCCUGUGGAACGGGACGACCUGUGCGGGAAAACCCUGAAGAUCACCGACUUUGGUCUGGCCAGAGAGUGGCACCAGACCACCAAGAUGAGCGCUGCAGGGACGUACGCCUGGAUGGCCCCGGAGGUCAUCAAGCUGUCGCUCUUCUCCAAGAGCAGCGACGUGUGGAGUUUUGGUGUGUUGCUCUGGGAGCUGCUGACCGGAGAGGUUCCUUACCGGGAGAUCGACGCGCUGGCGGUAGCUUAUGGUGUCGCCAUGAACAAGCUGACGCUUCCCAUCCCUUCAACCUGCCCUGAACCUUUUGCUCAACUACUGGGAGAGUGCUGGAGCCCAAACCCUCACGGCAGGCCCCCCUUCACCAACAUCCUGAGGCGACUGCUUGCCAUCGAGCAGUCGGCCAUGUUUCAGAUGCCUCUGGAGUCUUUUCACUCCUUACAAGAAGACUGGAGGCUGGAGAUCCAGCAGAUGUUUGACGAGCUCAGGGCCAAAGAGAAGGAGCUGAGAUCAUGGGAGGAGGCGUUGGCUCGAGCCGCCGAGGAGCAGAGGGAGCAGGAGGAGCAGCUGAGGAGGAGGGAGCAGGAGCUGGCCGAGAGGGAGAUCGACAUCGUGGAGCGAGAGCUGAACAUCAUCAUCCACCAGAUGUACCAGGAGAAGCCCAGCGUCAAGAAGAGGAAGGGCCACUUCAAGAAGAGCAGGCUACUGAAGCUGGGCAGAGACAGCAACUGCAUCAGUCUGCCCUCUGGCUUUGAGCAUAAGAUCACGGUGCAGGCGUCACCCAGCGUGGACAAGAGGAAGACCCAGGGGAGCGAGAGCACCACCCCUCCCGCCAGCCCGGGGGUCAUACCCCGACUGAGAGCCAUUAGACUGACACCGAGCGACGGCAGCAAGACGUGGGGCCGCAGUGCUGUGUGCAAGAAGGAGGAUCUGACGGCCAACAAGAAGAAAGGACGAACCUGGGGCCCGAGCUCCACCCACCAGAGAGAGAGAGUCGGCGGGGAGGAAAAGCUGAAAUCUCUGGGUGAAGGCUGCAAAGUUUGGUCGUCCAGUGCGCCAAAUCUGGGCAAAUCUCCCAAACAUGCCCCCAUGACUGCUGGCUUCUCCAGCCUCAAUGAAAUGGAGGAGUGCUGCGAGUUCGAGGAAUCACCGGGCUCCUUACAGCCCUCGGAGACCAGCAGUAACGGGGCCAUGGAGGACUCGGGGUCCCUGUGGAGCAGCUUGGGGCCCAACAUGGCACCCGGCGUUGGUAACACGAGCUCCUGCCAGGGGUCAGGAAGCGCGGGGACGGGGGUGAGCUACCAGGACUCGCUUCGUCGCUGCAGCCAGAGGAAGAAAAGCGACAUGCUGCUGCUGGGUUGUGCCUCUCUGCUCGCCUCUGUGGCUCUGGGUCAAGACCUGCUGCAGCUGGGAAAACUGCAGGUGCUUCAGGACGAGCAGGACCUCCGAGAGGAGCAGCGUAAAAAGAAGGAGGGUCUCUUCCAGCGGACGGGUCGUUUCCGUCGCAGCACGUCUCCCCCCAGCAGAAACCUCUCCCUGUCCCUGUCCAGACAUCACGACUCGACGCUUCCCUGCAUGGACCCGUCUCCCUCUGUGACACUCCUCUCUCUGUCUUCUCUGUCCGACUGCAACUCCACCAAGUCCCUGCUCCCCUCCGACCCGGACGAGUACCCCCUGACCCCGAUGACAGGGGUCAAAACGCCGGCGGCGCCUCCAGCUCCGGCCCUCAACCCACUCCUGGACCUGCGGGCCGAGAGCUUCAAGAAGGAGCCCAACCAGUCGCUGACGCCGACCCACGUGUCUGCAGCCAUGGCACUGAACAGAGGACACAGACGAACCCCUUCAGACGGGGCAAUACGACCCCGAGCCCAAACUCUGGGGCACCGCAGGACGCCGUCAGAUGGGAGCAUGCCCAUGCCUCCUCCACCGGGAGCUCACAUCACAGCACACAAAGGCACACUGGACACCCUGGACAUCCCUCGCCUCCCGGACCCCUCCACCAUUUUCCCAGUCCCCCAUCGGCGUAAGGCUCCCGCUCCUCCCAUCCCUAACCCGGACGCUCUCUGCCUCAUCAGCCCCUUGGAGAGACCCAAGACGCUGGAGUUCGCCCCCCGGCCGCGGCCUACCCCGGCCCGGAUAAAACCGGACCCCUGGAAGCUGGGCUCUCUCUCCCGGACCCUGAGCUCGUCGCCGGGCAGCAGCUGCGACAGCCCGCUCGGUUCAGGCGACAGCAGCGCCAGCACCGCACGGCCCAACCUCAUGGACAUGGACAUGGAGGGCCAGAGUUCGGACCCCACCGUCCCUCUGUGUGGGCAGCUGCAGCCUGCAACUCUGUGCGGACAACAAUACUCAUAGUGAACUUCUUUUUUUUUUUUUGCAUUCAGACUCGUGUCCUGAGACUUUUGAGCUUAGGCUAAAUAAGGAAUGCCUACUGAUGUCUGAGCCGAGCAAAGUGCACUCACUGAAGUCUGCAAAAACAUCCCACUUCUUGUCAUGUUUUUAGGCACUUACUGGAAGCCAUCACUCUUGUGUGCCCUUGUAGUGUCCUAAUAAGGUGUGAAUCCCUUACAGCAAGCCAUUCCCUGCUAUUGCUCACUAACCUGCACGACACUGAGGGUCCUAGAGGCCUUUUAAAAGCCUUGUAGAGUGCUCACCCACCUUUCUUACCCUACUUUACCCUUCCUUCUUUUCCCCUACUUGGAAGCCAUCUCUACCUGCUUCUUAGCACCUCAUGACUGGUUCACAUUUCCUUCAAGACUCCUCAAAAGCCAUUCAAGCACUUAAAAAGCCACUUUUCCCCCCCGACUUUGCUAACUGGUCAUUUCAAACCAUUUGCUUGUGCUCUUGCUUGUCUGUGUAGCUUCCCACUUUCUGCUUGCAUCCUUCUCACUUUAAAAGACCAGAAGAAUCCUCAUUGACCUUUCAGGAGUGUUUCCCCUGAGUAAAAUAAAAAAGGAGGAGCUGGACUGGUUAAAAUUCUUACUAGAGUAUCCUUCUGUUCUUAUUUUACACACAGUUUCUUAUGCCGGUGCACAAACAUCUCCCAUAAGCUCUCCUUCAUCAGCUCUGCCUUCAUCCUCACACUUGUCAUUUUUCCCUCCAACACUGAGACAGGAAAAAGCCUUUUUAUUCCUCUCGGCACUGGUGGACUGCUUCAAUCGUCAGCCUUCGAAAUAAGUUUGUUUUCUCAGUGCUUGCACCAUCCCUGCUGCAACCUGUUAGCAAAAAAGUUUUUUCUAUUGGUUUGGCAGCCCAGGUGUGUUUCUCUAUGUGUGAAUGUGUAUAUAUUACUGUACAUGUGUGGAUGAACAAAACGUUUCUGCGUGCUGGUGCUUUUUCAGUGCAUGUCAUUUUACAUGUGAAUGGUUCGCUGGACGCAGCACCUCUUCCAAGUAAGACCACUGGUUGCUACGCCGGUUCUCAUCCUUUUUUUUUUGUUUUUUUUGCAUUUCUUUGACAUUCCUCAUCGUAGCACUCUGGAUCCUGCUCAUGCCAUUGAAAUGGACGCAAAAUGGGAACCAUCAACCUCAUCGGAAACUUCACAUUCUCUCCUCUGACCUGCUGUAUUCAAACAUCAGUGGCAACUAGUUAGCCUCCGUGCGGACGAGUGGACUCGGCACAAAGCGCUCUCGUCACGGCUGACAAAUCAACUUUUAUCUCCGGAGUUGUUUUCGUAUGGUGGACAUCCUGGCUGCAGAUGGUAUUUACUUGACUGUGCAAAUUUCUCUUGGUGAGUGUGUGUGAGUGUGGAUUUGGGUGUAUGUGUGUGCGUGUGCGUUGUUAUUUGUAUGGGAUGAUGACAAUCCCGUCAGUAGAAGAGUGAGCCCGAACUCAUUCUCCUCGUGUGGUCAAGAACACUGAGUAUUUAUUAAAUUUAUUGUUAUUAAUGGAAAAGGAUUAAUUAUUAUUACAAUGCUCUUCCUGGGAUAUCUGUAUAUAUUUGUUAAUAUAACAGGAAAAACCAAGGAAAACCUAGGAAACUGCUUACUGAAACAUCCAUGUUGUCUUUGGUCUCAACCUGUGACAUUUCUGGGUUCAAUGAGGAAUAAGUGUGAAUUGUGAUGAAUGAGAGAUGAAUUAAAAAAAAAAAAAAAAAAGAAA